AUGGAGUCUGUGUUGAAGCCCCUAGCCAUAUAUACAGACCCUAUUCUUAGGAGGCGCCGCAAAAAUGUGGAUAUGCUUCCUUCUGCUACUUAUGGUUGCCGGAUACUUGUACUAGAUAAGUUGGUGGUGAAUGCCGCACCGUCUCUUACAACAUCUCUGAACCCAGCGGCGGCCAAGGUGUCCCCUUUGACAGGCGAAGAGCUUGACAUCAUGAAAGAUUUAAAUCACCAAGCCAUGAAACUUGAAAUAGAAGUUCUUCAAUGCGCAGGCCACUUGAAUCAGCCGCACUGUGGUUUCCUCAUGAAAGAGCAUACCCUCUAAGAAGAUCGCCUCGUGAUAUAUUCUGAUUUUGAUUUGAUAUGCAACAGUUGGUUUGAUUCCUCUGCCAUUUUGGCAGAGAUUUGCAAAUUUUUAACAGCAUCAAAAAUCUGAUCAGUUUCACAAUCUGAUUAAUCAAAUGCUAGGAUGUCAUCAACUGAGCUAAGGACAACAUGGUUCUUCUCUCUACAGUAUACUGAAGAAUAUGAGCAAUGCAUUGAAAGCAUUCUGCCCUCUGAAAAGUAUAUGGAGUUCCAACUUUUGAAGCUUUGUGUAAAGCCACUCGAACAACUCUCAGCUUGUGAGCGAAGGGCAAAUGCUAGAGUUAUCAAAUCCGGAGUUAUUAAGGGUUUGAAUCUUGAAGACAUAAAACGAGGCUGGGUGGAAAGACUAUUCUUCAAGAAUGGCUGCACCAGUUUUUUUAGAAAAUCAUCGAAGAAUGAAAAUCUGAAUGCUAAUAUAACAUUCCUCUCAUAUUGUUGGUGUGGCUGA